AAUGGAGAUCAUGGUGUUUUUCUCGCUGUUGCUUCUGGUCUGCUCUGUUUCCACCAAUCAGACAGAGGCAGAUAAUGAAAUUCUUGACCAGCAGAUUUCAAACCAACAACCCUGUCCACAGGACAUCCAUGCUGUGCUCAGAGAGAUGGCAGUCUCACUGGCUCUACAGACAGAGCGGAUCACUGUCCUACAGAAAGAGAAUCAAGAUCAGACAGCAAAGCUGAAAGAAAUGGGGAGACAGAAGACUGAGAUUGACCAGCUGAAGCUGCAGUCCAAAGAACAAGCAGCAAAGCUGGAGACUGAGAUCGACCAGCUGAAGCUGCACUCAGAAGAACAACAAGCAAAGCUAGAGACCGAGAUCAACCAGCUGAAGCAGGAAGUGCAAGAACAAGAAGUAAAGCUAGAGACCGAGAUCAACCAGCUGAAACAGGAAGUACAAGUCAAACAGGUGGCUUUCUCAGCCUCUCUGGUGAAUCAAGGCCGUGAAGAAAUUGGACCAUUUACCACUAGGAUUAUUCUGAUCUUCAAACGUGUUGUCACAAACAUUGGAAAUGCCUACAACCCAUACACAGGUAUUUUCACUGCACCAGUGAGAGGAGUCUACCACUUUGACUGGAAGGUAUUCGGAUAUGGAAACAUUCGUGCAGCUGCUGUGUUGUUCAGGAAUGGAGAGCACAUUUUUCUGGCAGAGGAAAAUCCAACAUCUGGUUAUGUGAGUGCAUCCGAUGGAGCCUCACUGCUUCUAGAGGUUGGAGAUCAGGUGUCUGUACGUCUCUGGACACAUUCAAGGAUAUUUGACGAUCAAAACCAUCAUACCAGUUUCAGUGGUCAUCUGAUUUUCACCAUGUGAGAGGUGUGACAGCUCCAAUACUUCCUGUUUGGACUGUCAUGUAUGGGCGGAGCUUAAUAAAUCACCUCCUGGUUUCUUGCUUUCUCUCUCUCUCUGGUUGGUUCUAGUUUUGUGUUUAUUUGUUUCUACUUCUCCUCUGAUUCUACUGACUCAGAUAAUUUACUUCUUAUCUUUUAUUUAAAUAAAUCCAGUUAAAUGCUCAGUGAUUCUCUUCUCUUUGUCCUUUCUUUGAGUCGGCUCUUCAUAAAGUGCUGCUCCUGCAUUAGGUCAUGACUAUUUUCUAUAAGCUGAUAAACUGUAUUAUUCUUUAUUGGCUCCACUGUCCUGUGUUGGUCAGUCUGUUAUUUUGGUGACUGCUGGCCCACAUGUUUGCUUUUAACUGGAGUCUUUCCUGUUAAGUUGAGCAAAAUCCAACAGUUCCUCUUUUUUCUCUUCUUUGAUCAUCAUGCAGGUAUUUUUCUUAAACACUUAACAGAUGUUACAUUUAAUCUGACUAUCAUGAUAAAAAUGUAAACAGAUUUAGUUUGAUAUAAAAAUGUGUGUCAGUGCUGUGGAGGAAUUUGUAGAAGCUGAAAUGUUUCCUUAUUUUUCAUCUGAAUCCAAAUCCAGACACAGAUAACUGACUGUAAACUUACUCGGGUUCAUUUCUUUCAAUUCUUUGGUUUCAAAAUAAAAGCAUCAUUGAACUAAC